AGAGCUGAGCCGUCUCUGCCUCGCAGGCUGCUGUGAUUGGUGGGGCCCGGGCUCACGUCACUGUAAUCUGCAAUCUCAGGUUUAGGGAGCAGUCUCCGGCGUGAGAUCUCCCCGGAACGGCCAAAAUCCUGCCAGCUUCCUCUGAGCCGCUCACCAGGGGACCCCGACACUAGCAGCCCGGUGCAAGGUGACAGGCUGGCACUAUCCCAAGGGAGCAGCAUGCAGGGGCCCGGCGCCUGGCACACACUCACUGUCACUUUGCUGACUUUCUGCCUCAUUCUCAGUGUAGAAGGCGAAAACUGUGAUUCAAACAUCUGUUUCAAUGGAGGAUCCUGUUUUACCAAUGCAAAUAAAGAACCCUUCUGUAUCUGCCUAGAUGGUUUUACUGGUGCAUACUGCAACAUAACUGAGAAAGGUCCUUGUCAACCAAAUCCCUGCUACAACAAUGGAGAGUGUCAGGUUCUGUCCCAAACUCGCAGAGGAGAUACUUUUGAACAGUAUGCCUGCAAGUGUCUUCCUGGCUAUGAUGGAGACAAAUGUGAAAACAAUAGGAAUCACUGCUCUUCAGACCCUUGUAAAAACGGAGGGAUCUGCAGCCACCUCGAAGAUGAUUACAGCUGUAAAUGUGCAUCGCCAUAUAUAGGGAAAGCCUGCCAACUUCGUUGUGCUAAUGCAUUGGGAAUGGAAGGCAGUGCCAUAUCUGAUGCCCAGAUUACAUCAUCAUCCCUAUACCAUGGUCUCUUUGGUCUGCAGCGUUGGGGCCCAAACCUUGCCCGGCUGAACAACAAAGGGUUGGUUAAUGCCUGGACUGCUAAUAGCUAUGACCGACGCCCAUGGAUUCAGGUUAACCUGCUAAGGCAGAUGAAGGUGUCUGGAAUCAUCACCCAGGGAGCCAGUCGAAUGGGUAACGCAGAGUACCUGAAGGAAUUUAAGGUGGCAUACAGUGUUGAUGGACAUGAGUUCACAGUUUUAAAGAGUGAGGGGCAGGACCAAGACAAGAUUUUCCGUGGAAACAUAGACAAUGACAGCAGAAAGGCCAAUAUAUUUAGUCCUCCAUUCUCUGCACAGUACAUCCGUAUCUACCCUGUGACUUGUCACAGAGCCUGCACUCUGCGUUUUGAGCUCUUUGGCUGUGAACUAAAUGUGUAUUUCAACAUGGUAGGUUGCUCUGAUCCACUUGGAAUGAAAUCCCAUCUGAUUUCUGAUAAGCAAAUAACAGCAUCCAGCAUCUUCAAGACAUGGGGGAUGGAUGUAUUUACCUGGCACCCACACUAUGCUCGUCUAGACAAGAUUGGGAAAUCCAAUGCCUGGACUCCACUUCAGAAUAACCAGUCACAAUGGCUGCAGAUUGACUUACGGAUUCCUAAGAAGAUCACAGGAAUUGUGACACAGGGUGCCAAAGACUUUGGAAAUAUUCAGUACGUGGAAGCGUUUAAAGUAGCCUACAGUGACAAUGGCUCCACCUGGAUUGUGUAUCAAGAUAGCAGGACAAAAACUGAUAAGGUGUUCCUUGGAAAUAAUGACAACUACUCCCACAAAAAGAACAUCUUCAGUCCGCCAUUUACAGCUCGUUAUGUGCGUAUUCUUCCUCAGUCCUGGCAUGAACGAAUCACACUGCGAAUGGAGCUACUUGGUUGCGACAAUUAAUUUGAUAACUGGAUGACCAUAAGAAUUGUAGUCACUGGUCCUCAUUCAUAGAUUGGAGUAAAUACGGCUAAACCAUGCAUUCUGUAUGUUAACAAAGCAGCAUUGCUCUGAGCUAGGAUGUGUGCAACGCCCUCCCUUAUGUCCAGGAUUGUACCUUCUAGCUAGUUUUACUCCUAACUGUAAGUGAUGCCCAAAGUAAUCAUUCUCCCCAGUCAUUGCACCAAGCAAGUGCUGUCAGUGUAUCAGGGAGGCUCAGUGUAAGCAUUUUAUAAUGUGCCGAGCAGAUCUCCCUACAACACACAUUAGGAUACUAUAUUGGGAUUUUGUACUGCUCACCUAAAGUCAUUUUAAUUAAAUCAUAAUUCCCAAGAUAGCUGUAUUGACAUACGUAGAGUGAUUUAUUUUCCCACCGUUAUGAUAUUUGUGAGUGCUGUAAUAAAUGUUGUUGUGGGGGGAAGGGGGGGGGGGGUGUUUUUAGCUUGUUUGUUUUUUGUGUUCUAUUAUUUUAUUUUUUUACGUUUGUUUGCAACCAGUUCAGUAUUUUGAAGCUUUAAUGUGCACUGUUUCUCUAACACGAAGUUGCUACUCUGACCACUAGAAGAGCAACAUACAGUCCUAUAUUUCAGUAUUAAGUCCCAUUGCACAUUCCGGGUGCUUAUCAUUUUGUUUUGUAAAGAGUUGGUUACCAGCACUCCUGUUAUACUGUCACUUUACUCCAUGCACUCUGCAAUAUGGAGCCAACUGGGGGCUUUACUGUUGGGUGUUCACACAAGAGAAUAGAAUUGUCCCUGACUGCUGUAGAAUCACUGUUGUCCAUACACUCCAUCCAAUUGCCCACAAAUGACAUCUUGAGUUCUCUUACAUCAUAGUUUCAGAAGUAGAAAUUACCCUUUAUAUAAAGCAGAGGGAUUUUUUUUUCUCCCAAACAAGCUACAUUUUUAUAUAGUUCUUUUCAUGCCACUAGUUUGUACAAUGUGUGCAAUUCAUUACAUUAGAUUUGUUUUUUUUGUUUUUCUUUGACCAUUAAUGGAUCUAAUUGGGCUAAUUUGAGUGUUUACUGUUCACACUAAUAGACCCCACAUAAUAAUUUUCUAAAGAGAAUUUGUGUUUCAUUAGACUUCACCUGUCACUUAUAUUGGCAAAAUACAGUGAUAGUAGACUGUGGGGUAAAUUUACUAAGGUGGGAGUUUGUUUUAGAACUGGUGAUGUUGCCCAUACCAACCAAUUAGAUUCUCUCUAUUAUCUUCUAGAAGCAGCUAGAUAAAUGUUAAAUAGAAUUUGACUGGUUGCUUUGAACAACAUCACCAGUUGUAAAAAGAAAACUCCCACCUUAGUAAAUUUAGCCCUGUGAGUGCAAAUUCCAGUCUGCACUUCACUGUCACUCUGUCCUUUUACACGAGCUCAGAUAUUGCAUCUCUUCUCUACAUACCUGUUGUACAUAAAGAAAACCAGAAAGUAGGAAUAGUGAAGACUGGUACAUUUGUAAUGUCUUUUAUUAUAUUUUAAAUAUGACUUCAAAUUUGGGAAAAUCCAAUUAUCCAGAAACCCCAUUUAGAUCUCAAACCUAUAUGUACAAAUUUGUGGAUUGUAAAUUAUCUCAGUUUACAUGAUUGUUUUUUGUGAUUUAAUAUGUCUUAGGGCUGUGGGAUAUAUGUAACGUUUAAGAAAAUAAUCUUCAAAAUUAUUAAUAUAUGACUUCUUAUUAUCCAGGUAUUGACAAUGUACGAAUUAUAGCUGAAUGUAAAUAGGUUUACAGCUGCAUUGUGGAAGUUAUUGUACAUUAAUGUGUAGUGCUGUAGCUGCUUACAAUUGGUGAGGCGCUAUAUAGAUACAUGACGAGGUGGAACCAAUUUAUCCAUCAAGACUUCAGUGUUUCUGCCUGUAAAUUACCUAAUGUCCUGGGACAUAAUUAGCCCUGGUGUCACAUUAAAAUUAUUAUGAAAACCUUCAAACAAAUGUGAUAUGCUGUAUUUCCAUAUUGGGGCCGGGUGUGCGUAGUUAUCUGGAAUGUGUGACCAGGCAAAUCGAUAAUAUACCUCUACUCCCUGCAGCACUAUAGGGAUGCUAUAGCUCUCUGCUCCCUGCAGCACUAUGGGGACAUUAUAACUCACUACUCACUGUAGGUAUACUACAGCUCUUUGCCCCCUGCAGCAUUAUAGGGAUCACAACUCACUGUAGGUAUACUACAGCUCUCUGCUCCCUGCAGCAUUAUAGGGACAUCACAACUCACUACUCACUGUAGAGGUAUACUACAGCUCUCUGCUCCCUGCAGCAUUAUAGGUACAUUACAAGUCACUACUCACUGUAGAGGUAUACUACAGCUCUCUGCUCCCUGCAGCAUUAUAGGGACAUCACAACUCACUACUCACUGUAGGUUUACUGCAGCUCUCUACUCUCUGCAGCACUGUAGGGAUAUUACAAGUCACUACUCACUGUAGGUAUACUACAGCUCUCUGCUCCCUGCAGCAUUAUAGGUACAUUACAAGUCACUACUCACUGUAAGUAUACUACAGCUCUCUACUCCCUGCAGCACUAUUGGUAUGCUACAGUUCUCUACUGUCUGCAACACUGUAGGGACAUUACAAGUCUCUACUCACUGUAAGGAUAUUAACCACUUAACUGUCAUGGUCAGAUCACAUGUGACAGCACCGCCCCACUGUUUCUCCCAGUUUUUGAUGACUAGAUCCGUUCUGCAGAUGUGCAUAAUGUAAUAUUUAAAUAUUAAAAAAAAAAACUUUUUUAACUAUAUUAAAAUAAAAACUAAAAACAAUUGUAUGAACGGUUUUGAAGGGAAAAAUCGUCAGUUAAGAGGAUAAAGGUCUACUUCCUGCAGCACUAUAUGGAUACUACAGCUCUCUACUUCAUGCAGCACUAUAGGGAUACUAGAGCUCUCCCUGCAGUACUGUAGGCUUGCUAAAGUUUUCUACUUAAUGCAGCACUAUAGGUAUAUUACAGCUAUCAACUUCCUGCAGCACUAUAGGGACAUUACAGCUCUGUGCUCCCUGCAGUUCUAUGUGGAUAUUACAGUACUCUGCUUCCUGCUACUACAGGGUGUCCCUAAAGUCUAGACACAGAGUUAUUGCAUUGAGUUCAUUUAAAUCUUGCAAUGCGCAUCAACCUUUGCAUCACAAAUCAUGGAAAUCAUAUUGAAGAUGUUAUUUGUUAAUAUUCCAAUUAUAUAAAAUGUUGUUGUAAAUUUCAUUCAUUUCAGUUCUUGAAAAUAUGCAUUUUUAGCCUAUGUGUCCAGACUUUAGGGACACCCUGUACAGCUGUCUGCUCCCUGCAGUACUAUAAGGAUACUACAGCUGUCUGAUCCCUGCAGUACUAUAAGGAUACUACAGCUGUCUGAUCCCCGCAGUACUAUAAGGAUACCACAGCUCUGUACUUCAUGCAGCACUAUAGGGAUAGGUUACUAUAGCUCUCUACUCCCUGAAGCACUGUAGGCUUACAAAAGCUCUUUUCUUAAUGCAGCACUAUAGGGACAUUAUAACUCUCUACUCACUGUAGGGAAACUACAGCUCUCCACUCCCUGCAGUACUAUAAGGAUACUACAGCUCUCUGCUUCCUGCAGCGCUACAGGGACACUACAACUCUCUGUAGGGCAUUAGUACAGUACAUUGAAAGAUAAAAAUACAUGUACUUUUUUUGUUAUAUUACAUUUACUGGGUGAAGACUUGUGUCAACAGCGUGACUUGUAUUUACUCUACUAAUUGAAAACAUUUGGAGGUCAGGAAGGAUAGGAAGAGCCGGAGUGAUAUGCUGCAAGGGUUUCCAGAUGAGCGAUACUGCUAGUUCCAGAGCCAUUGGCUUUUGUGUAUGUUCUAUAACUUCCCUAGCCCCAGAGUGACACACAAUUCAGCUUUUUGGUCUUUUGGGGGAUGGCUCUGAUUGUUGCCAAAGCAUGCAUGGUAAACUUUGGGAUUACAGUACAACAUAAGAGCAACUCUAAUGGUCAUAAAUCAGGUGCAGAUGUUUUUUAGGACUCUAUACGCUAGUUAAAACAAUAGUGUAUUUAUUGCGUUGCUUAGUGUGUAGAAACACAACAGUCCUCUUGAGCACCAUUUGCAUGCUGUGACUUUACAAAAGAUGCUGACGUAAGGAAUGAUUUGUUAAAUGGGUAUAUUUUAACCCCAGCUUAAUGGACCUGGGAUCUGUAUUCACUUCCAACACCCAAAUUAGCCAAUCUGCUUGUCAUUUGAUGCAACAGUCCUGGCAACCUGGUGUAGAAUGUACUCCAAACUUCACUCCGAACAGUAUGCUUGUGCAUGCCAGUCUGUAAUCUAUUGCCAGCUAGGUUUUAUUUUUCUGAGGUAUUUAGUUUUACUUUAUUAAUCACAUAUUUAUUAAAUAACUUGCUAAUUCCUUCUCUUUUAUUAUUCCAUAUCUCACCAUGUUAGUUCCAGCUAGUUUAGACAUUUUAUUUUGUCAGUUGAUACACUAAUGAAACUGUGGAGAUCCCCAUUCAGCAUUGAAUAGAAGUCUGCAUAUGUGUUUUACAGAGCUGCUAUUAGAAUAACGGGAACAGCAGGACUAUGAUAAUGUAACGUGCUGGCAUUCUUUAACAUUUACCUGAUUGUUUAAUGACAAGAUCACGUAAGGAAAAACUCCAUUGGGUUCUAAUAAGCACAUAUUCUUGCGUCAUAUAUUGGAGAAAAGUUGAUGUUCUAUAUGAAUUCUCAGCAUUCCCUUUGGGAAUGAUUCCUCUAAAACACAAAGCUGUUCCCUUUUCUGGCCAAUGUGCAACUCAUUGAACUUAUGUUGAAAGAAUAAUUAGGUAUCUGUCAGUAGUGUGGAAGUUUAGUCAUAUUAAGAUUAGAACUGCUUUUUUUUUUUUAUAUGACAGAGUAAUAAGCAAGAGGUGCAAUUACCAAGCUGGGAUGGGGUCCACUACUUUGAAGUCAGAGUUCUCUUGUUCCCCAUGGCUGAUUUUCAAAAAUCUGGUGCCCCUGGAAAGAGGGGACCCUCAGCUAUCAGCCUAGCGCCCUUAUACACCUGGGGCCCUUGGGCAAGAGCCCAUUGAGCCCAUAUGAAAAGACGGCCCUGCUCCCAACUUUAAUAAAUCUGCGCCUUUGUUUUUAUUCAUCUUAAAUACACAUUGCCCUGUAUUUCUGUACUUUGAUUAAUUUAAUUGCACAUUUUUCAGUGUAAUUAAUUUAAAUCUGUUUACAGUCUAUAAUCCUCCAACAAUCACAGAUGGAAACGUGACUCUAUUAUUGAGACUUUGUAGACUGAAGAGCAUAUCUGGAAAACUUGCUAUCAAUAAUUUCUGGUACAACCACUGACUUUUGUAAAGUGCAGGGUUACUUUGUAAUGCUCAUGAAUGGGAUCAGUACAGUUUAGUUACACUCAGUAAAAUAAUUUUUAUUGGUUGACGUCAGGCCUGUGCUGGAUAUAGUAUUUGAUUACAGUGCUACAAUGUUAAUAUUUCCUCUUGGGAAUAAGUGCGUUCAUUGCAGUAAUGUUUGUCAGAUAUAUUAUAUGUAGUUAAUCAGAUAGUUUUGUGUUACCGGUAGGAUUGUUCUGCUGAUGCGGAUCUAGUUCCCUGAUUAUGGUGAUGAUCUAAUGUGUUUUUGUUUGGAUUAUAAUGCAUAUAUUUUACAGCAUGACUGAUUUCACAUCUACUUGCUUUCGCCUACAGUACAUUUAGCAGAACAUCAUGAAAUUAUCAACCAAUGUUUUUAGUGUAAAUUACAGAUGUCACAAUAAAGAGCUACAUUAUGCUAUCCAUUGAGAAAAAUCUAGAAUGGUUUUAUAAAUACAUUUAAAUAAAAGAUUAACCUUUCUCUACAUAAGAAUAAUGGGGGUCCCUUCCUCCUGACUAGGGUAUUUGUGAUGUAAUCGAGUCUUAAGAAAGGACGUUCCGCAACGUUUGACACACUUUACAACACAUCAUCAUUCUGUCCCCUCGUUCGACCUUCAUGAUAUUUUAAAAAACUUUUUAGCGAUUUAUUAAAGUUUCUCUCUGCCACACGAACAAUAGUUGAAACAAUUAUAUGAUGCAAUGGGAGGUAGGACUGUGUUGUGGGGAAACUUAUGCACACUGUGCACUGGGAUUAAGAUGCCGGUGCAAAAAAAAAAAAAUUGCGCAUAGUGUAUUGCCUUCGUUUUGUGGAAGGUCCCAAGGACAGGGUCUCCGUCUGCCGACAGAUAUUUCCUGGCCUCUUGGAUGGCACUGCAGCGGCCAGACUGCAUGGCCUCAUGGGUCACACAGCCGGCUGAUGGUGUCGCAAGUAAUCCGACGCUGCGUCCCCUGGCACAGCACCAGAUCACACAUGCAUGCAGGAGGCAGUUACUUAUACCAAACACCCCCUGCUGCAUUAGCAUAUCUGAGCAUUGCUGCUGCUUCCAAGUAUGCAGCAGUGAUGCUCAAUCCAACCACAUGUGGAUCAGGCCCACUGGGGGGAGAUUUAUCAAAGCUCGGAGAGAGAUAAAAUAUCUGCUCCUACUGUAAAGUGACAGAAGCUGAUUGGUUAGUAUUUUAUUUCUCUCCACUUUAUCUCUCUCUGAGCUUUGAUAAAUCUCCCCCUCAGCUUUAGUUAUUCCUACUAAGAGCACAAUUUCAGCAGGGAUUUUCCUGGUACAAGGAUGGAAAGGCUCCUGCUAUUCAGGUGAAUACUAUAUACUGUAAGUAAAAAAAAAAAAAAAGUUCUUUAAAAGUGACAUAAAUAAGUGAACCCUAUUACUGAGAAUUAUUUUCUAAUUGAAUACUUGUUAAGUAGCCAUCUAGCAUUCGUUCUUGUGUGUUCCGUAAUGCCUCAUACAGUGUUUCACUUGUUUUACCUGAUUUAGCUGCUACAGUAUUGAACAUGUAUAUUGCUUCCGUGGUUUGCAGCCACUACAUUACCUUGCUGAGGUAGAGAAUCUACAGAAAUGUACAAGUGCUCAGUCAAAACAAAUAUAAAUUCACCUACGAUUAUGUAAAAGUAAAUCACUGGGCCUGAUCUAGAAAACCGCGCAAGGGAGCGUAUUCUGUUUUAGCUGAAUACUCUGGAUGUAAUCAUUUACUUACUAUGAUACAAGAUGCACAUGCCACCUUUUUGGUUCUCUUAUAAUAAUAAAAUCACUGACAAAUUAAA